UUCAUCCAAUCGAAUCAUUCAUUCAUCAUGGACAAAAGAUUAAUAAUGGCUUUAUAGUUUUUAUUUUUCCAAUUUUAAAUGAUGGAUAAAAGCAAUAAUGAAACCAAUAAUUUACCGGUGGAAAAUGAUGAUUUACAAAUGAAAAAUAAACGAACCACAACGAUGACGACCAUCACCACCACCGGUUUAAUUGAAAGUGUACGACGUAAAUUUAAAAGCAAAGAUAUUGGUCGUCAAUUUUGGAUGCCCGAUUCAACAUCGAUAAAUUGUUUUGAUUGUGCAACCAGAUUUACAACGAUUAGACGUCGUCAUCAUUGUCGAAUAUGUGGACAAAUUUUCUGUAGUAAUUGUUGUAAUGAAAUGAUUGAUUCUCGAUUGAUUGAUUCACGAGAUUCUACCAGCAAUAACAAUACCAAUAGUGGCCUUUUACGUGUAUGUAAAUAUUGUUCCAAUCGUUUGCAGAAUUUAUUUACAGAAAAAUCUAAAAACAAUUCGAAUGCAUCAAAUACCGAUUUACGUGAUCAAAUUCAUCAUCGUCGAAAACAAUCAAGUUCCAGUGAAAAUCGAAAAUUUUCCACAUCUUCUAUUGGUGAUAUUGUUCGAUUUGCUAAAGCAAAUUUCGAUAAUAGUGAUUCAGUAAUGAUUGAUUUGAAAAAAGAUCAUCAUCAUCAUCAUCAUCAUCAUCAUCAUCGUCAUUCAUAUCAAUCAUCAACACCGAAAAAUUAUCGUCCAUCUUCAGCUGCUGCUGCUGUGACAUCGGCAAGUUUUGAUAGUCGAUUCAUUCUCAAUGAUGAAUUGUCCAUAUCCAAUGAUAAUAAUUCAUUAUUAUCUUGUUCAUUUGAUAAUGUUCAAAUAUUGUUGGAUGAAAUCGAUGAAACCAUUGAUAAACGAGAACCAAUUUGGGUGAAAGAAAUUGAUGAAGAAGCUCGAUUGAAAAAACAGGCGAAUAAAUUUUCAUUUAUAAGC